UAACAUCUGGGAGCGCCCUUCUCGGCCCUUCUCCCGAGACGUCAUCAUUCGCUGGUUCAAGGAGGAGCAGAUCCCUCGGCGGGCUGGCUUUGAGAGGAACACCAACAGGAUUGCUCAGUGGUUCCAUGUUAAAAAGAAAAGAGAAGAAGAGGAAAGACAGAAAGGUGAGGAACUUAUCAGGCAGCAGGAAGAAAUCCGGGCAAAGGAGCUGUACCUGAGCCUGAAGCAAGCUCAGCAGCACAGUCAGCACAGCGACGAUGACCAGGAGUGGGAAGAACAGUUGCGCCGCUCCAAGGCUGCUGACGAGGAGAGGAGCCACAAAGCGCGCAGGGCGCGGGACGAAUACCGACGGCAGUCCCUGCGCGCCAUCCAGAAGGGAAGAGUGGCUGGCCUGAGUCAUUUGUUCCAGGGGACAAACCUGGGCAAUGAUCAGGAGAUCAAAGUGAACAACAACAGUGCGACCCCUUUGCUGUCUCCUACAGCGUCCAGUAACAUCUGGGAGCGCCCUUCUCGGCCCUUCUCCCGAGAUGUCAUCAUUCGCUGGUUCAAGGAGGAGCAGAUCCCUCGGCGGGCUGGCUUUGAGAGGAACACCAACAGGAUUGCUCAGUGGUUCCAUGGCAUUAUCAGCCGUCAGGAGGCAGAGGAGUUGCUGAUGAAUAAAUCUGAAGGUGCAUUCCUGGUGCGAGUCAGUGAGAAAAUCUGGGGCUACGCAUUGUCCUAUCGCCAGCAAAACGGCUUCAAGCACUUCCUGGUUGAUGCUUCGGGGGAUUUCUACAGCUUCCUGGGGGUAGAUCCAAACCGACACCCAACACUCACAGAUCUGAUUGAUUUUCACAAGGAAGAAAUCAUCACGUCCUCAGGUGGGGAGCUACUCCUGGAGCCAUGUGGACAGCAGAAGAAUCCACCAGACUACAGUCCUUUAUUUGAAUAACUGAUCCAGGACCAACAGGAAUGCAUUCUGGAUAGCUGUAGUAAUAGAUAGUUACAAAAAUAAACAAUGGAAGUAGUUAACCCACUUUCAAAGCCACUGGUCUUGUGGCCAAAAAAUAUCCUCAUUAGGAGGCCUAAAAUAAUUCUGAUUUGCAUCUGAAUUAUCAUCAUCAUUAUUCAUAUUGCUAGCACUUGAAAGGUAAGAAAUUACCAGCAAAUUGCAAAAGAGGACUACUUCCAAGAAAAUUUCAAAGGGUUGUAGCCAAUUGCACUGAAUACUAAGUUCCUGUCUUAAUUUUCUCAUGUUUUAUACUGCAAGAAGCAUGGGCAGGAGCUAUUCAUAGAGUACUGUAUGUAGUAUCAAUGUUGGUGAACAGAUUCUGUGUUCCAAAGGAAGGUUUGACAGUUUCUGUUGGUAAUUUCACUACCCAGUGGUGCACUUUGGUAACAGGAGAAGCAGCCUUCAAACAUCCCUAUGAAGUUUGUGUGUAUGUAAUUAGGUGUAGCUUGAAACUUGCCAUUAUGCUUUUGAAUUCAGGCCUACAAAGUUCUCCACAGGAUAAGGUCAUACACAUUUUAUUUACAUUUUCAUGAAGCCUAACAGCCUUGGAAGGAACUUUACUCCUGUACAGUAAGUGGUCAGUUUAUUCUAAAGGAAACUGAUUUGCUACAAUUCUCUCAUUGGCUGUGUCAUGCUUUCCACUUUUAGAUGUGCAAGAGACACAGUGGAUAUUGCUAGCUUUACUUUGCUAUAGGACUGGGUAUUUUCCUUAUCUGAGUUAUAAGAGAGGGUGGAGAUAGUAUAUAUAUACAUAGAAAAGGUACAUCUAAUUACAUUAUCAUCAUGCUAUUUUAUGGGUAAAAACAAGAUGCACACAACGUGUUCCUGAUCCAUUUGCUAUAAAUAUUAUACCCCAUGAAAACAGACCAGAAGCCUAGAUCUGUAGAGCAGUUGCUUAGUGCUUGGACUAGAAAAAUAAUAAAAUCUCAUCAUAGUACACACAGGAAAGGUACACUGAGCAUAUUUCUG